GUCAUGCAAGGAGCACCUAACAAGCCUGCUUUUAACCACUCCUCCCUCUCUCUCCAUCCCUUCACACCGCGGCAUUUGUUUCCCUUCGCCGCUCAUUCAUUCGCUUCCCAAUACACUAUUCAACGUUUUCUCAAUCAGAUCUCUUGGACUAACCCCUUAAAGAUGCGUGCUUUUUGAGUCCUCUUCAUUCUCCGCUUCUGGGUUUUUCCUCUUCUUAAUCCCCACCCCGGAUUCAACCAUACCCAUUUGCUCAUUUUUUGAUUCACUCUUGCUGGGGUUUCCAAGUUCUCUCCUUUUCCUUUAAAGAAAAACCUAAUACAGACAGACAGAGUGACAAUGGACAACGGGGUAGAGAGAGAAGGUGGGUCGAUGUUGUUUAGCGAGGAGGAGUUGUGGGAGUUGAGUGGAUUGAAGAAAGGAGGGGAUUUUGUAGAGGUCACAUGUGGGUGUACCAGUCAUAGAUAUGGUGAUGCUGUUGGCAAGCUUAGGGUUUUCUCAAAUGGUGAACUUGAAAUCACCUGUGAAUGCACCCCCGGUUGCGAUGAAGAUAAGUUGACUCCUGCUGCAUUUGAGAAGCAUUCUGGAAGAGAGACAGCUAGAAAAUGGAAGAAUAAUGUGUGGGUAAUAGUUAAUGGAGAGAAGGUUUCAUUAUCAAAGACUGCAUUGCUCAAAUAUUACAACCAAGCAUUAAAAGGUUCCAGUGGUGCUCAUAGAUCUCAAAAUGGGCGAGUUUGUCACCGUGAUGAAUUUGUUUGCUGUAGCAAGUGUAACAAGGAGCGCAGGUUUCGCUUGCGAACCAAAGAAGAAUGUCGUAUCCAUCAUGAUGCUUUAGCAGACGUGAACUGGCAGUGUUCUGAUCUUCCUUAUGACAGAAUAACUUGUGAUGAUGAAGAAGAGCGGGCAAGUCGCAGGGUAUAUAGGGGCUGUACCCGCGCUCCAACAUGCAAAGGCUGUACUUCCUGUGUGUGUUUUGGGUGUGAAAUCUGUCGUUUCUCUGAUUGCGGCUGCCAAACAUGCAUUGACUUCACAAGGAAUGCUAAAUCUUAAAACUUAUUUUGCCGCUUGAUUAAGGCAAUGUUAUCUAUCUUCAUUGUUGAGCCAAUCCACAUAAAAGAUGUCUCAAAGACUUUUGUCCCUUUUGUGUAAGACUUGAGAUGCUGAGUCCAGUUUUCUCUAAAUAACUGUGCUCAUUCAUUGACUGCCUUAAAAUUAAUUAAUCAAUUUAAU